GAUGCCAAGGACACACAGGAUGAAGCCCGUAUUCCUCGUAGUCUUACUCGGACUGGUUGGAGCUCUGGCCAAUAAGGGCUCGCGAUGCUUGUCUGGCCAGUAUACGGCCAGUGGAGAAUGCUGUAAGCAGUGUCAGCCCGGAGAAGGCGUCGUUAAAGAAUGUGGGGUCACUCAGACGGUGUGCGCGCCUUGCAUCGACAGUGAAACCUUCUCAGAGAACUUCAGUCACACAGAGAAGUGUCAGCGCUGUACCCAGUGCACAGGUCUGAUGAGGAUGGAAUCGCCGUGCAUUGACGCAAAUGAUGCCAUCUGCGUCUGUAACUAUGGUUACUACCUGAACAGCCUGACAAAGCGCUGCGAGCCCUGCACCUUGUGUCCUGAGGGCCAGGGCAUGUUAAUCAGCUGUGAGCAGGACCGUGACACUGUGUGUGAGGAGUGCACCAUGGACACAUACUCAGACAAGGAGAGCUUCCGAGAGCCCUGUAUGCCCUGCACCACCUGUGAGGACAGCGAGGAAAUUCAGGAGUGUACCCCCGUCAGUGACGCCGUCUGUUUGGCCACCCCUACCCUGUCCCCCCCUCCAUUUGUCACCUCCCCCAUGAGCACUGAGGGAGAAGAUGAUGGGGAUUUCUUUGUAGACCCACCCCUGCCAUUGCCCACUGACAGCACCACAACCACCACAGGAGGGGACUCCCGACAGCCCAUUUACCAGGGCCUGAAUGACAAGCUUAUCCCUGUCUACUGCUCCAUCCUGGCAUCUGUAGUCGGGGGUCUGGUGGCCUUUAUCAUAUUUAAAAGGUGGAAUAACUGCAAGCAAAACAAACAGGGAGCCAACAACUGUACAGCCAAUCCAAAUCAGACGCCAUCGCCUGAGGGAGAGAAACUGCACAGUGACAGUGGCAUCUCAGUGGACAGCCAGAGUCUACAGGAACAGCAGGGGCAGACACAGACACACACAGUUCUUACAAUGGAUGAGGAGCCCUGUCUGCUGCUGCCUCUUCACACCAGAGAGAAGGUAGAGCAGCUGCUGUUCAGAGGAAGUGCUGGAGAAAACUGCAACAUGGAUGACAGCGACUGGUCCAACUUGGCCGGUCUCCUGGGAUACGAGGAGGAGCGCAUUGCCACCUUCAGGCAGGAGGACCAUCCCGUCAGGGCGCUGCUUUCUGAUUGGGCCAGCAAGGACAGCGCCAGUAUCAAUGCUCUGUGCACUGCUCUGCGCAAAAUUAACAGAGAGGAUAUUGCUCAGAGUUUAGUCCUAGGUUCGAAUCCAACAAAGCCCACUGCCACAUCUGUAGUCUGAACACUUCAAGCCUAUAUUAUAUACUAAGGCCUUACUCAUAGCUCCUAUAAGCUCAACUUUUAUCUAAAGCCUCGGAAAGCCAGCACCUAUCAAUCAUCAAAUUUACAAACCACAAUC